AUGGAUCUAAAUUUAUUUUUAGCAGGUUUAUAGUGAGGAAAUUGAGAUUUCAAAGUGUUUGGAUUUUAAAUAUUAUUUGUAUUUUUCCAAGAAAAAAUUGGGCAAUUCCUCCAAUUGGGAUUGUGUUCAUUUAUAG